AUGCCUGCCGAGGCGCUGGAGGAGGGCUGCCAGGACAUCGCCAAGCAGCUCAUCUCCAACAUGGACAUUGAUGUGAUUCUGGGUGGAGGCCGCAUGUACAUGUUUCCCAAGGGGACCCCAGACCCUGAGUACCCGGAUGAUGGCAGCCAGAACGGAACCAGGGUGGACGAGAAGAACCUGGUGCAGGAGUGGCUGGACAAGCACCAGGGUGCCCAGUACCUGUGGAACCGCACGGCGCUCCUUCAGGCGUCCCAGGACCCCUCUGUAACACACCUCAUGGGCCUCUUCGAGCCAGCAGACAUGAAAUAUGAGGCCCAACGAGACCUCGGCCUGGACCCGUCCCUGACGGAGAUGACGGAGGCGGCCCUGAGCGUCCCCUGUCCCGCAGGGCUGGCCCCCAGCAAGGCCUCCGACGGCAAGGCCUACACCUCCAUCCUUUAUGGCAAUGGCCCAGGCUUCGCGCUCAGCGGGGGCUCCCGGCCGGAUGUCAACGAGAGCGAGAGCAUGAGCGCCACGUACAGGCAGCAGGCAGCUGUGCCCCUGUCGUCGGAGACCCACGGCGGCGAGGACGUGGCGGUGUUCGCGCGCGGCCCGCAGGCGCACCUGGUGCACGGCGUGCAGGAGCAGACCUUCGUGGCGCACGUCAUGGCCUUCGCCGCCUGCCUGGAGCCCUACACGGCCUGUGACCUGUCGCCCCCCGCCACCCCCACCGAAAGCGCGAAUCCGGGCUCACCCAGAGCGCGAAUCGCGGGCCCACCGAGGCCGGGCAUGGUGCCGGCGCUGCCGCUGCUGGUGUCCGCCACCCACUGA